AUGGAGAGUUUGCUUAGUACUUUCUACAGAGGUGUUUUGCCCAAGUUUAGAAGUCAGCUUGAUACUGCUAGCAAUGGUUUCUUCUUGGGAAGAAGUGAAGCAGAUGCUUUGGAGCUUGUAGAGAACAUGGCUAAGAGUGAUUCAGUCUAUAGUGAUGAGCAUGAUAGAAGCAACAAAUGCAGUGGAGGUGAUGAUACAAACACCAAGAGAGAGUUAAAGGCUCUUCAAGAAAAGAUGGAUAUGCUUCUCUUGGAUAGAGCUAAACAAGAGAAGGUGAACUUUGUUGGUUUCCCCUCCAAAGGAAAUCAGUCUACACAAGCCCAAGCGGGAUCUUCUACUUCUGCUACACAAGAGAGUAGCACUGAUGCAAUGCUGAGGCAGAUUUUUGAAUCCCAAACUAGAAGUGAGAAGCACAUUGGAUAUGAGUUGAAAAACCUUCACACCAAAGUUGAUGGAAGCUACAAUGAUCUCAACAACAAGUUCUCCAACCUUGCUUCUAACUUUAAGGCUUUGGAGAACCAGUUUGCCUCAAUGGGUUGUAACUCAAAACGCCCUAUGGGAUCACUUCCCGGAACCUCUGAGCAAAUCCCCAAGGAGACAAUGGAAUCCAUCACCUUUAGGAGUGGUAAACAGUUGCCUCCUAGAACUCUCAUUAGGGAUAAUGAGAACCAAGAUGGGGAGAUGGUCAUCAAUGUGGAUGAUGAUAUAGUUAUUGUGGAUGAGAAAACCAAUGAAGAGAUCUUGGAGAAAAUAGUUGAAGCUAAAGGGAAAGGAAAAGUUGGAGAAGAGAAGAAGGUUGUGAACAAGAAUGAAGCUGCUACUUCAACAAAAGGAGCUUCAUUCAUUACUCCUCCAUAUGAAGCAAAACUUCCUCCCUUCCCUGGUAGAUUCAAGAGACAGCUUUUGGAGCAAUACAAAGCAUUGUUUGAGAAGCAAAUGAGUGAGGUUCAGAUCACCAUGCCCAUUAUUAAUGCCUUCAUGCUAGUGCCUUGGUACAGAAAGUUCCUCAAGGAUGCUGUAACCAAGAAGAAGAAAGAGAUGGAAGGGAUGGUAGUCCUCACCCAUGAAUGCAUCGCCAUUAUACAGUGUUUAACCAUCCCCAAGAAGCUUGAAGAUCCAGGAAGCUUCACACUACCUUGUGCCAUUGGGCAAUUGGCUUUUGAGAAGUGUCUAUGUGAUUUGGGAGCAAGUGUGAGCCUUAUGUCUCUCUCCAUUGCUAAAAGGCUUGGGUUUACAAAAUACAAGAAGUGUAGACUCUCUCUUGUGCUAGCUGAUCGCUUAGUGAAGAUUCCCAUUGGUAUACUAGAAGAUCUCCCUGUUAUGGUUGGAAAUUGUGAGAUUCCUACAGAUUUUAUGGUGUUGGAGAUGGAUGAAGAACCAACAGAUCUUUUGAUAUUGGGGAGACCUUUCUUGGCUAUGACAGGAGCUGUUGUGAAUGUUAAUUAA